AUGGGUGAUCAGCAUCUUGCGGCGGCGUACACGCAUAUCUAUGCUUUUUUAAAGAGUCGCGACCACAACGAUGUCGCAAAGGCGUUAAAAAAGGCCGCAAAAGGCGUAGUUGUUUUGAAAGAUUCACAGGACGAUGCGACACCUAGCUUAGAUGAAAUUAUCAAAGAAUGGAGAGUUUACCGCGAUAAAUCCGAAAAGAAGAGUACAUCCAACGAUUCUGAUUCUUCAUCCGAUAGUGACUUAGGCUCUUCCUCGGAAUCCAGUCACAACUCUUCCAAAAGCGAUGUAUCCGCACCGAAGAAUAAACAAGGCAACCCGUCCACAUUGGUCAAAACCAAAAGUAAAAAACCAGUGUCUUCAUCUUCAUCGGAAGCAUCCACAUCCGACUCUGAUUCCGACUCUGAUUCCGACGGCUCGACAGAAAAGAUAGAAAAGAAAGCCGAACAGCCAGCUGCAACAUCUGAUUCCGAAGACUCAGACUCUUCUUCUGAUGAAUCUUCUACAUCUGGUAGGUCUCAUGCUUCCUCUUGCAGGUCAUUCGAGACCGACACAAAAGUAGAUAAGAAAGUUACGAAGAUUUUAGAGCGGGAAUCAAGUUCCACCCUGUCCACUGGGUCGGAAAAAGGAAAGAAGGAGAAAAGUAGUCGAAAACAGACUGUCGCCGCGGUAAAGUCAAAGUCGGAGGUGCCUAAAAAGUUAAGCAAGGCGAAGAGUUCUAGUGUCUCCGCCUCCUCCUCGUCUGCGUCGUCUUCUGAGUCUGAGUCUGACGAAAAACCGACAAAAAAGAAGAAACCAACCAAGAAAGCUAACAAGACAAGGUCUAGUCCAUCUUCGUCUUCAUCGUCUUCAGAUUCUGAGUCCGACACGGAGCCUAAAAAGCCGACAAAAACUGCCAAAAGGAAGGUCUUGGAAGAAGAUAAGGCCUCUUCAUCUUCCGAUUCAGAUCCCACUUCCUCUUCUUCCUCCUCCUCUUCGUCAAAUUCGUCGGAAUCGGAAUCUGAUACAUCCACCAAAAACAAGGCGAAAAAGUCAACUAAAACGACGGAUAACAAAAAAAAAGCAAAAACUGUUGAUGUUGAUGUUGUCGUUAGCAAGCAACAUUCAGUUGACUCUACUCUGGAAGACCAAAAGAAGGUCACUAAAAAACGUCGGACUUCUGAAAGUGGUGCAGCUGUUCCUACGGCCACGGUUUCGACGGCCCGGGAUAUAGCAACAAAAUCCUCCGCCCUGGAGGCGCCUAAACUUGGCAAACGAAGAACGACAAAUGAACGCUUCCAGCGGAUUGAUCCUGACAAGGUUCCUGCUCAUCUUAUCAGGGAUAACAGAUACGAGAACAAGGCUGCUCCAGAAAACGAUUAUGGUGCUAAAGCUCAUGCUGACCUGAUCGUCACUCGUGGGGCUGGCUUCCGUAAGGAAAAGAACAAGAAGAAACGCGGCAGUUAUAAGGGCGGGAACAUCACUAUGGAAAGCCACAGUUACAAAUUUCCUGACACGGACGACUGA